CGAGUUACCCGCUGUUCUGACUUCUGAGUUUUCUUCUCUCUCCCGGUCACUACCUCCCUAGCCCGCUGUUACAAUCUUUCUACCCUCCUCUAGUUGCUCGAAGAAUCGCCGAGCGCCCGUUUUUCGGCAUCGUCUGCGAUCGAUUUGAAUCGGGGAUUCGGAGAAGGAGAACUGGAGAAAAAGAGAAGGAAAAAAUGUGGGUAUUUUAUCUGAUAUCGCUGCCGUUAACCCUUAGCAUGGUCUUGGUGACGCUACGGUACUUCGCAGGGCCCAAUGUCCCGCGCUACGUCCUCUUCACCGUCGGUUACACCUGGUUUUGCUCUCUUUCCUUCAUCAUCCUUGUACCUGCCGAUAUCUGGACGACGAUGGUCCGACAAGGCAAGGGAAGCAUCGCUUUCUUCUGGAGCUGGUCAUAUUGGAGUACCUUUGCACUGACGUGGGCUGUGGUUCCUGCUAUUCAGGGUUAUGAAGAUGCUGGAGAUUUCACUAUGAAAGAAAGAUUAAAAACCAGUUUUCAUGUAAAUCUGGUCUUUUACCUGAUUGUUGGAUCGAUUGGCCUUCUCGGACUCCUACUGUUGAUCAUCAUGCAUCGAGAUUGGAGUGUAAACUUUGUAGCCUUGGCCAUGGCUUGCUCCAAUACAUUUGGGCUUGUGACUGGUGCAUUUCUUCUUGGUUUUGGAUUGAGUGAAAUGCCGAAGAGCAUAUGGAGGAAUGCUGAUUGGAGCAAUCGCCAAAAAUUUCUCUCUCAUAUGGUUGCAAAAAUGGCUGUGAAGUUAGAUGAUGCUCAUCAAGAAUUUUCAAAUGCGAUUGUGGUUGCUCAAGCCACAUCCAAACAAAUGUCAAAACGGGAUCCUUUGAGACCUUAUAUGAAUGUCAUUGAUAACAUGCUGGUCCAAGUGUUUCGGGAUGAUCCAUCUUUCAAGCCUUCAGGGGGUAGAUUGGGUGAAAACGAUAUGGACUAUGAUACCGAUGAAAAAACAAUGGCUGCAUUAAGGCGUCAAUUAAAGGGAGCUCGUGAGGAGUAUUACAGAUACAAGAGUGAAUAUCUGACUUAUGUUAUGGAGGCCAUUGAAUUGGAAGACACUAUAAAGAAUUUUGACUGUCGUGAUUCAUCUGGAUGGAAAUAUAUUUCAAGUUUUAGAGGAAGUCGGACUGGCAGGUUUGGAUCCUUUCUGGAUACAAUGGAAUUUGUGUGGCGCUGCAUUCUCCACAAACAACUUAAAAAAUGCACAGCUGUUUUACUUGGUUGCAUGUCAGUCGCCAUCCUGUUAGCUGAAGCUACGCUUUUGCCGAGCGGGGUUGAUUUGUCUCUUUUUUCCAUUCUUAUAAAUGCAGUUGGGAAACAGGAAAUGCUUUCUCAGAUUGCGGCAUUUAUUCCUCUUAUGUAUAUGUGUAUUUGCACAUACUAUUCGUUGUUCAAGAUUGGAAUGCUCAUGUUUUAUUCAUUUACACCAAGACAAACAAGUUCAGUCAGCUUGCUUAUGAUAUGCUCAAUGGUUGCACGUUAUGCACCUCCAAUUUCUUAUAAUUUUCUGAAUCUUAUACGUCUUGAUGUUGAUGAAAAAACUGUUUUUGAAAAGAGAAUGGGCAAUAUUGAUGAUGCGGUCCCUUUCUUUGGUGAAGGUUUUAAUAAAAUAUAUCCUCUUAUUAUGGUUAUUUAUACGGCUCUGGUUGGUAGCAACUUUUUUGGUCGAGUAAUCGGCUUCCUUGGGAGCUGGAAAAGGUUUAUAUUUCAGAAUGAAGAAGCUGCUGACAUGACUGGAUUUGAUUCAUCUGGGAUUAUGAUCCUACAAAAAGAGCGUUCGUGGCUUGAGCAAGGUCAUAAACUUGGGGAGCAAGUCAUACCAUUAGCAAGAAAUUUCAAUAAUGCAAGUUUGGAUCUUGAAUGUAGCUUGUCGCAGGAUAAGGGCACCAGGGAGAUGAUAGUUGCUGCAAAUCUUCCCAAUGAAGUUCCCAAACGGAAUUUCCUACAUCAGAAAGAAAAUAACCAAUCCUAUGGUCGAGAAGCUAUAGCCAAUAAAUACGCAGCUUUAAGGGAAAAGCUGGGCAGGCAGCCAUCCUUCGCAAGAUCAUCAAAAGAGAAGGGUGUGCCGUCAACUUCAGUCUCAUUGCUCAACCCGGAUGACAACCAUAACCAUUCUGAUGAAAACACAGUUGCAUCCGGAAUUUCCUCCAAGUGGGCAUCAAUGAAAUCUAGUUUUCAAAAUCUUAAAGCUAAUAUAGGAGCAAAGAAGUUCAAGUUCCUCCCCCUUCGACAGAUUCAGGGAACUUCGCUUCAUUCCCCUACCUCCUCGUCCGAGUGCCUAGAUGAAAUAUUUUGGAGGAUCAAAGAGCGGCCGAGUAGAGAUCAAAAUGACGAUUUUAGCUACGAAGAUGGUGAUGGUUUGGAAAUUAUGGGGUCACGGCCUAGCAGAUAGUAUACUUCGCAUGUCCUUGAUCGGCAGGACGGGAUGCUAUGUAGUUUAUGAACCAGUUUCAUCAACAGACAAUUAGACUGGGUUUGCCUUGAUUUGCCAAAAGAAUGACUACAGCAUUUUCCACAAUGAUUCUUUAGAGGAACAGUUUUGGACACAGGGCUUGGGAUUUCCAGCAAAAAGGGUGUCAAGUGGCUAUCUAUUUUACAACACUUAUUUUUGUUCACAUUACUGAUCAAUUUUCAAUGAGACAUAAUAUAUUGUAAAUUC